AUGCGCAAUAGUAUAAUAACUCAACUUGAAUUCAAAGAUGGAAUAUACCAAGGAUAAACAUUACAAUCUAGAUAUAAACAAGGAAUUGGAGUUUAUUUAUGGGAGAAUGGAUCUGCCUAUUUUGGUGAAUGGAAAUCAGAUUAAAUAGAUGGCAAUGGAAUACUUUUCUUGCCACCAAAAACAACUAUAUAAGGAUAAUUUAAUUCAGCAAAAUUACAUGGAAAUUGUCUCAUAUAAACAAGACAAGCAAAGUAUUAUGGUAAAUGGCUCAACGGUUUACCUAAUGGAAGCAUGACUGCCUAUUUUAAAUAAGGAGAAGUUACAAUAGCAUUCCAAGAUGGGAAACCAACACGAGGUCUUAGUAAAAGAGAUUAAUCAUUUGAAAUUCCAAACUUAAAAAGUGUUUAAUGUUACAAUAGGAGUGCUUUGUAAACAAUAGAUUGGUUAGAUGGAACAUUCUAUGGUAUAACAGGAAAGAAUGCUGCAAAUAAGGUAUCACCUAAUGGAUUAGGUAUAUUUGUACCGAAAAAUGGAUUAUUUCAAUGCGGAUAAUUUAAGGAUGGUUUUUUAAAUGGUUUAGGUAGAAUAUAGUAAGCAUCUGGGGAAGUUUAUUAAGGUUUCUUUGAAAAUGGUAAGUAUCAUGGAAGAGGCAUUUAUUUAUUUAAGGAAGAUGAAUUAUAAUGGGUUAAAGGGAUGUGGAGAUUUGGAGAAUUGAUUGAAAUUUUUCAAAAUGGAUUAGUUAAAAAUUGUAAUUCUCCUAAAGAUUUAAUGUGUAUAUUUUAUUUUAUUAUUGUAGUUCCAUAUAGUAAUCAUAAAAAUCCAAUUUAAAUUAGACAACCUAUAUCCCUUAAUAAUAUUAAAGAGAUAGAAGACUUAUUUGAAAUUCAAUUUUAAAGAUAGGAACCUAUAUAAAAAUAAACUAGUGUUUCUCCAAGUCCUGAAAAAUAGAGUAAGUUAUCAAAUUAUAAAUAUUUUCAAAACUCCAUGUCAACUUCUUAUUAGAAAAUAUCUGAUGCUCUACAUGGAAGUAAAUAGCAUUCAUCACCUGAAAGGAAUAGCAUUUAGUUAAUAAAUUAUUAUAAAGGAUAAUUGAGAGAUAUAGAUUAAAAUGAACAAUCUUAACAUAAAAAAUCUAAUAAACCUUAAUAAAAUACAAGAAAGUCUCAUUCUAAUUCAUAGUAAUACCUAAUCUAAAGUUCAAUAAAGAAAGAAUCAAUAAAUAAUAAAUCAUCAAAUAAAUUAAGUUAAUCAGCUUAUGUUGAAGAAAUAAAAAAACUUCAAACUCAAUUUAUAAAACCAUUUGAUUAGAAUAAAAGUGUAUAGUCUUAAUAAAGUCAAAUUUAUUAGCCAAUAUUGGAUAGUGAAGAACAUUCUAGUUAAAGGAGUGAAUUAUUUUAAGAAAAAUAGCAUUCUUCACCAAAAGAUCAUAUAGAUUAAAUUAUUAAUAAAUCUAAAUAAUAUCAAAAAGAACAAUCAGUUGAGUAAAAUAAGAAAUCAAUAUUGGAUUAAUCUAGAUAAUCUAUUCAAUCAAAAUAAGUCAAGAGUCAUUAAAAUUUAUAACAAUCAAAAUCAUCUUAAUAAUCAAGGCGUAAAUCAUCUGAAGGUUCAAAAAGGUUUAAAUAAUAGUUUUAACUUGAAGAUUAAAAUAAAAUAAAAAGUGAAGGAAAUAAAUUAUAUAAAUUUGAUAAUUAAUAAACAGAAUAAUUACCAUUAGAUUCAUCUUAAUAUUCAUAAUAAUAAUUAUGGGAAUCUAGAUAAAUUAAAGAAUUUUCAUAACCAAGAGAUUCAAGAAAAUCUAAAUAAUCAUCAUAACCUGUUUCUUAGAGAAUAUCAAUCAAUUCAAUAAAUUAGGUUGCUUCUCAAUAAAUAACUCCAUAAUAAUCACAUAGAGAUUAAUAAGAAUAAAAUAAUUAAAAAUAAUCAUCAAUUUAAAAAGAAUAAUAAUAAUAAUAAUUUCAAUAAAUUUAAUAAUCAUAAUAAUCACAUUAAUCUUAAUAAUAGUAGAUUAUAUAAUAAUAAGAAAAUGAUCACAAUAAAAAAUUAAGUUUCUGUUAAUAAGAUUUUGCUUUAGAUAUGAGAAAUACAGCUAUUUUUAAUUAAGUUGAAUCCAAUUAAUCUAGUCAAAUGAAAUUUCAUAGACAUAAAAGAAGUUAAUCUUAAACUGAUUUUGAUAAAUUAGAUAUUAAUGAUGAUACUCAAAUGAAGUUAAUUAAACAAUAAUAAUUAUAUAUGUAAUAAUUAAUAGAAUAAUAAUAAAGAGAACUAGAAUAACUUAAAAUGUAGUAAUAAUAAUUAGAAGAUGAUAAUUAAAUAUCAUAAAGUAGACUAGGAUAUAAAACUAAUGUUUCUAUAGAUUCAUAGGAAAGUUACCCUCAAUAAUAAUCAGAAAGUUUUCAAUAAGAAUUUAUUAAAUCAGUAAGUGAUGUAUUAAAAAGUGAAUUGAAAAAAAAAUAAGAUGAUUCAUUUAUAAGAGAUAAUUAAAAUAAUUCUCCACAUUUUGAAUAAUCAAAAAUAACAAAUAAUUAAUAGUCUAUGUUUUUUAAUGAUAUUAAUAGUUUAGAAAAUGUGAAUGUAAAUGAAAGAUUUCAUAACAGAAAAUCUAGCCAAUAACAAGAAGAGGCUAAAAAAUCAAGAGCUGAGUCAAUGAUAAUUAAAAAAUAACCAGUUUCUCAUAGUGAAUUAGAUGAUUUAUAAAUUGAUAAAUUAUAAGAUGCUUAAUCAAGAUAAUCUAGAUAAUCAGGUAGAUCUGGAUAUUCUGGAGAUAUUAAAUAAUAAAGAUCAUAAUCACAUUAAUCUAGUUAACGAAAUUAUUCAAAUCAAUAACACUCAUUUAAUUAAUAUUAAUCAUAAGAAUAAUUUUAUCCACAAAAAUAACCAUCAACCAUUUAAGAAAAAGAAGAAUCAUAAAUUCUUUCAUAAUAAAUUAAAGUUGAAUCAAAUAAUUCAUUUAAAAAGUAAGAUCAUUUAUUUAAUGAUGAUAAUAAAUAAGAUUAAUCCUAAAGUUCAUAGUAAAUGUCAAUUAUUUCUAACUAAUUUCAAUAAGAAUAAAAUAAUACAAAGAAACUAAAUUAGGAAGACUCUAUUUUAAAAAAAUAAUAUUAAGAUAAUAAUAUUUUAAAAUAAAAAUAAUAAAAUACUAUAUAGAAAAGUAAAUAGCAAUUUCAAUAACAUGUUCAAAAUAAAAAUGAAGAAUCAAUUGAAGAAUUGAUGAAAAAAUAAUCUCAUAAAUAGAUUACUUAGACUUAAUUAAAGUUUGUAGCUUGUCCUUCAUAACAUUCUUUACCAGGUUAGAUUAAUUUCUCUGAUAAAUAAUUACAAGUAAAGCCAGAUUAAAUGAGUGAAAAUAUUUAAGUAACCAUUGUUGAUGAUUAAUCAGAUACCUAAUAAAAUAUAUAGGAAAUUAAAUUAUAAUUGGCAGCUCAAAAGGAGAUACUUUCUUAAUUGUAUCAUUCUAUAUAGGAAUCAAAAUAAAUGAAGGUCUCUCAGUUUGAUUCUGAUAAGAGAAUUAGUGAAUAAAGAACUGUAAAACGAGGGAUGGUUAGUGGAAUUGUUGAUCCACGUAGUAGUCCCAUAAAAAAAGUAAUAAUUACAAAAGGAGCAUUUCCUGCUUUUACUAUUAUAAAAUCCUUAUCUCCCAUAAGACUUUGA